AUGAAAAAGAUAUAUAUUGGCAAAACUGCCCUGAAAACCCAGAGAAAUGGUUGCAAACAUCAGAAGAGAAGCUCGUUCCACGACCACAAGGAUGACCUCCGUAAGCGCCUGUCCUACACCACCCACAAACUAGAGAUGGUGGAAACAGAGUUCGACUCCACUCGGCAGUACCUGGAGACGGAGCUGCGGCGCGCCCAGGAGGAGCUGGAGAAGUUCACCGAGAAGCUACGCAGGAUCCAGAACAGCUAUGCAGCGCUCCAGAGGAUCAACCAGGAUCUGGAGGACAAGAUGCACAGGACGUCCCAGCACCACGAGGAGGAGAAGAGAGCCCUCAGCCGGGAAAUCAUUGUUCUCAACAACCACCUGAUGGAGGCGAAGAUCACCAUUAAUAAACUCAGAGAGGACAACGACCUGUACAGGAAAGACUGCAACCUGGCCGCCCAGCUGCUGCAGUGCUCCAAGUCUCACUACAGAGCGCACAAGAUGUCUGAGCUGCCGCUGGACUUUCAGGAGCGCAUCAGUUCCCACAUGGAGAAGCAUAACCGGGGCAGCGGCGCCACGAUGGCCAUGUGUCACUCCAACUACUCCGACGCCGUGCCCACAGCCAUCAUUGCCAAGGUGCUGGAAAAGCCCGAACCCGGGAGCAGCUGCCCCGUGUCGCGGUCGCCCAGCCCGCAUCCCCAGGACGGAGACUUUCUAACGGGAACGGGAAGCACCGAUCACCUGAACCGCCGCAUCGCGUUCAAGACGUCUGACCUGUACUGCAGCGACACCGCCCUCUACUGCCCCGAGCGGUGGCAGGACACGGAGCGCAGGCAGAGCGUCGACCUCCACGGCACCGGCCUGCUUCAGCUCCACGCCCAGAACUCCACCGACAGCAACCCGGAUGAAGAGGCGUUCCACUCUGGGAGCUUCUCUAAUCACGAGCCCCCGUCCUCCUUCCACCACCAUGAUGAGUUUGGCACCGGCAGCCUGCCGGCUUCCAGCUCCUACUCCAGCUUCAGCCUAGCGUCAGAUGAGAAGGGAGGAGUGAGCGCCGGGUGUGGGCGCACCGCCAGCAGCACGUUAUCGUCCUCCCACCAGGGCCUCUACAUGGACUGGCGAGAUGGUGGCAGCGGGGACUAUGAGCGCAAAAGCAUGUCCUCUUACGAUAAAGACAGCCCGAGCUUCCCAAAGUCCCACAGCAUCCAGCACAUGGUGGUUCCCCGGAGCCCGCAGAAAGGCACCUCACCAGCGUACACCAGGACAGCUUCGUGCUUCAGCGAACCGUACCACUCCAGCACCCCCCGCCUGGCUUCCUCUCACAGCAUGGGGUCCACCACCGGACUGGGAGGGGCCCGCGGAGGAGCCCUGGACAGUCGAGGCGACAUCCAGGUGUCCGAGGACGACCUGAGCAGCCGCUGGAGACAGCUGAGCGUGGAAGACAUCAACACCAUCUCAUCGUCUUACCGGGACAUCACGGGGCGCGGCUCCCCCUACAGCUUCUCAGAACACCACUUUGCCAUGGGCCCCUCCAGGAAAGUCAAGGGGUCUCUCUACAGCAGCUUCCAAGAAGGAGAUGACGUCUUCCACAGCCGUGUGCUGGACCAGUGCUUUGCCCUGGGUUCCCUGUCGCCCAGUCGCAGCCCCAAACCUCUGGAGCAUCGCCAGCAGGAGAAAGCAUCUGUGCUGUACAGAGCCAAGGAGGACAGCCAGGACUCCGAGUGCAGUCUGUUCCUCUCAGGGAGCUCGAAAGACAAGGAGAGCAGCGGGGGAGCGACGGCGGCCAGCAGCGCCAAGAAGGACUACGUGAACCUGAGCGCCGACAGCUCCGGUGAGUCCUUACACCAAAGCUCGCUCGAAGCCUCGAGUCUCCAACACUACCCCAGCCCCAGGCCGAGCGUCCGGCCUCGCCCGAGCUCCAGCUCUGCCCUCAGCGUCGGCCCCGCACUCCCAAAGAAGACCUCUCCAAGAUACCAAAAAUUUGGCAGCACGGGACUGACGAGGAAGGACAGUUUGACCAAGGCACAGCUGUACGGUACGCUGCUGAACUGA